UGCCCAGUCUCAUUACUCUUCUUGUCUGUUGUUGAUUUUAAUUUAGUUUUUCUUGUUACUUAAAUUGUUAAUUUAAUUGGAUCUCUUUUUACUUCUUCCGUCAAUUCCUUUUCCUUCAUUCUUAAUUAUAUUCUGUUUAUCUUAACAUUGUUUUGAUGAUUUGUAUGAUAAAACUUUUAAAUUUUAUCUAUCAAUAGAAAACGCUUUUACCUCUUGUGACCUCUCUUUUCCUCUUGCAAUAUCUUCUGUCUAAUUGUCAUUUUUUCAUUUAAAAAUCUUCCAUUAUUGUUAUUUAUUUUGUGCGCCUUAAGAUAAUUAUGGUUGUUUGCAAAUAUUAUCAGACUGGCUUUUGCAAAUUUGGCGACCGAUGCCGUUUUGAACAUGUUGAUCGAGUUAAUUAUUCAACUAGUCAUAACAUUCCACGGUAUCCCGAUCAAUAUGUAAAUCGAUUCCCUGGACCAAAUUAUAUUAAUAACCCGGUAGCUGCUGCCGCUGCUGCUGCUGCUGUUUCAGGAACUGGAUCUGGCUACAACCAACGAGGUUCAAUGGUAUCUUCUAAGAAACCUGAUCAGUAUCAUUAUGUUGGAACUGUUUAUGAUAGACAAUUUCAAGCAAGCGGUGGACAAUCCUAUAAUCAUCAAAGUAGGUUACAGCAUAGUCAUACCGGUCAUUCUGGAAGUGGUAAUAGUGGUAACACUAUCAGUGGGACUAGUGGACAAGUUCAUCAAACUCAUCAUUCUCAACAUCAACAACAUGGAAUCAUACCAGUUCAAUAUUGGCAAGUUCAGAGGCAUCAACAAAUGCAGCCAAGCAAUCAUCAAUCUCACUCAAGCAGUCAAAGGCAAUCUCAAGGAGCACACCAUGGUCAUGGUCAAGGUCAAAGUGGAGGACUGCACCAAUCUAACAAUCAACAUCAUGGUUCCGGUGGUCAACACCAUCAACAAUCGACUGGAUUUAGCUUUAAUCAAAAGCUCAAAGAAAUCGAGUCUAGCCAAAAGCCUCAAGUUGGAUUUAGUUUUAAUCGAACUCUUCAACAAAUUCAACAAUAUCAACCUCAUCUAGCUCAUCAGGCCCAAAAUCAGUAUUAUCUGACCCCAACGCCUAUGUUAACGGUGCCCGUUCAAGCACCUUACUAUGGAGUAACCAUGCCUAUGCCGAUGGCUCAUAAUCCAUUGGCACCCAUGUUUUCGUCGAUGCUGCCAUCAAAUACUGCUGACCCUAAAAUGAUGUCAUCAUACUUAUCUCAACAACAAACAACACAGGGCAAAAUAUCUAUGAAUCUUUCCGAUGACGACAGCGGUAUUUAUAGUGUAAUGAGCUCUCUUGCUCCAGAAGAGUUGAGUCAAUAUAAGGCUGACAAAUUCACAUUUCCGCAUAUUCCAAUCAACCCUCCACCAAAGGAACUUUGUCUUUGAAGUUGACGCCAGCAUUCCUAGUCAAAAUGAUUUAAUCAACACAGAGAUUAAAUUCAGCCACAUAGGACAUCAAAAUUUAGCAUUGAUACCAUUUUUAGUAGUUUAACUAAUUUAUAAAAUGGACUCCUUCGAUCUCUUUUCUUCUUUUUCUUAUUACAUUUUUUUCUCAAUCUGUAAUGUUGAUCCCAUGUUUUCAUUCGUAAGAUUGUUCCGAGGAAUCCAUUCUACAGCCUAUUUUUAGUGAAUGAGUUGUCAUUCCAUCUUUUAACCAUGAGAUAAUAAAUUGUUCCUCGAUUUA